CAAAUUUCACACAGAGAGAGAGACCCAACUGUAACAAAGCAACACACACAAAAAUGGAGACCGGCGCUGACGUCAGCGGUUCCACCACUCCCGCCACCGCCCCAACCAUAAACGUCACCGUCAAGUUCGCUGGCCAAAACAUACCCGUCCCGAAUCUCUCACCGGACUCGACCGUCAAGGACCUCAAGGCUCUUCUUCAGCCUCUCACCAAUGUCCUCCCUCGCGGUCAAAAGCUCAUCUCCAAAGGGAAGCUUCUGGUGGAUGCGAUGACGCUGAGGGAGUCUGAGAUCAGUAAUGGCUCCAAGAUCAUGCUCAUGGCUUCUCAGGGUUUGCACCAAGGGGAUGGACCUAUUAUCAAACAAGUUAAAGGUCGGUUUACUGUUAGUACUGGACCUAUUAGUAGUGAAGACUAUGAUAAUACAUGGGGUAAAGGAAAGGCUAAUGCAUCUGAAAAAGAAACAUCUGAUCAAAGAAAGGCGAAAGAAGCUGCUCGUGCUAAGAAGGUGGACCAAUGGAAGGCUACUGGAGUUAUAGCACUCAGUGACUGUAUGUUGAAGGUUAUACCUGAUGAAGUAUGGGGGGAUAUUAGCACUUCUGCAAGAGUUCUUGACCUCAGAAAUAACCAUAUUCAAGAAGUACCUGCCUAUAUUGGUUCUAUGAAGUCCUUGCAGAAAUUGUUACUCGACUCGAAUGAUCUGUCGGAUGACUCUGUUAUCUGGGCAGCACUAAAAUGUUUGAAGUCCUUAACUGUUCUUUCUCUGAAUCACAACCGUUUAACUAGAUUGUCGUAUGAUCUGGGCUGGUUGCCAGCACUAAGGGAACUUCAUGUUGCAAACAACAACUUGUCCAGCCUUCCAAAUGACAUACGAUAUCUCCCUAAGCUUGAAGUUCUGAAACUCAACAACAAUAGGAUCAACACCAUUCCUACAUGGAUAGGGGACCUUAUUACUCUCAUUGAGGUUGAUCUUUCAUCGAAUCUUCUGUCAGAUUUACCCGAGACAAUUAGCAAUUUGCAUAAUCUGAAGACUCUGUCUCUUAGUAAUAAUGGGCUGAAAUCUCUUCCUUCUUCACUAUUCAAAAAGUGCCUAAUGCUCACCAGACUUGAUUUGCACAACACAGAAAUAACCAUGGAUAUCCUUCGUCAGAUUGAGGGAUGGGAAAACUUUGAUGAACGCCGUCGCCUGAAGCAACAGAAGAAACUGGAUUUUCGCGUUGUGGGUUCUACUGCAUUUGAUGAAGGUGCUGAUAAAAGCUGAUGCUAGUGAAUUCUGGAAUCUGGAUCACAUGCUCUGAGUUUGUUUUGUGUAAAUUUCAGCCAAUGCUGACUUUUGUAUCUAGAGGAACAAAAAAGAGAUAUAAUGUCUGAUAGUCGGGGAAAUUGGUACAGUGGAUCUUUUGAGAAAUACAUUGAAAGUUGAAUGCAAUGGAUAUGGAGUUUAGACAUUUUACUCUC